UGAUGUAACAACAACCAUUUCUAUAUAUAAAGAAAAAAAUGGAACUAGCACUCAUUUUGUGAUCUUCUUUGGCAGAACAGAACAUAUUAUGUAUUGACAAAUCAAAUUUAUGGAAUACUCUAUAUUUUCCAAAUACUGUACAUACAUUAAUAUUUAGUACAAACCGGAGUUUAAAGACAAGUAAAGAAACCAAAGGACACAACUAUUAACUACUAUCAUUUGUCUUUUCAUUAAUGUAUAAGUACGUAUACGAUAAUUAUGAUCCUUAAAAAAGCUGAUGCAACCUGUAAAAAGUUCCUCAUGUGUCCCCCUGCCAACAAGUUCCAACAUCAUUAAUCAUCAUCAACCCAACCUCCUCCGACAACCGGUAACCGGUAAACGCCGGUCAACACUCCCGCUUUAACUAGUCUACGACCCGGUCAUAGUUGUUUUUUCAAAGUCUCUAAACAAUGCAUGCCCUCACCAACUCCGGCGCAGUACUUCUCGCCGUUUUACUCUUCUUCCUCCUCAUCCUACUCGCGGAACUCUCUUACAUCUUUUGUCGCCGCACCGGAUCUUUACCGUCUCCGGCAAGUAAAGAGAUGGAGGAGCAUGUUGUUGGUGCCGCGGCGCCGGAGGAGGAUGUGGUGGCGGCGGCGGACAAGUGGCGAGUGUCGAGGCUUUUGUUCACAAUCGAGGAAGAGGAUUUGGAAUUGGAAGAUGAUAAUGAUAUUGAUGAUGUGGUCUCUGUGGAGGUAGAUAAUGAUGGCGAACUCCGACUUGAUGUUCCGAUGGAAUGCUCCGGCGAUCCAACUCCGUUCUUGACGCCGUGCGACUCUCCUCCGUACUUCACUCCUUCGCCAUCUCCUGGUCGGGAUAUGGAUGACGUCAUUGAUGUUUGUGACAUCAGCAGCCGAAGCUGUUGUUUCAAUUUCCAAGGCUCUCAGAUGUGUUAAGUUUUUUACAGAUUAGGUGGAACAGUUUUCGUAAUUGUUUACGGGUUUUUGUCGGAAUUAUUUUUUGUCGUCAUUUUUGUUUCCGGCAAUUUGAAUUGAAUAAGUCACCGAGAGACCUCAUCAUAUAUAAUAGGACGUAAUGUGAUAAGUCGUGUAGAUGACGCUGAUGGUGAUGUGAAAGAGGGAGAGAUGGUUACGUUUUGGAUUCUUUGAUUGUGAAUUUACGUAAAACCAAACUUCUUUUGAUUUGGUUUGGUUCAUUGAAACUUCGAUUAUAGUUACGGCCCGAUCAUUGGCCAUUGCAGUAA